AUGAACAUUUUAAUUCUGGCUUUGCUUUUUGUGGUAACAGCUACAGCGAGAUUCCAAAGAUUCGAUUCAUCAGAAUCGUCAUGGUCUUCUGUGGAAGGUAGAAGACUUCGGCCACCUAGCAUACCUCAGCCGCCGGGCCCGCCAAGGCCACCAGGUCGGCCACUUCUACCAUCAUCCGGAUGCCCAAGAGAAUGGAUGACAUUUGAGAGACCCAAUGGAGUUUGGUGUGUUAUGCGUUCUCUGUAUCCAAGCGGUCGAAUGGAGAACUGCUAUACAUAUGAACGUAGAAAAACUCUUUAG